AUGUCACAGAGGGUGGGGGCAUCUGGAAUCCUGGGGGCUCCUGGCCUCAGUGUCAUCUGCCAGCAAGGCCACCCCGCUAGGGUCAGUCCUCCUGAGACCAGCCUUCAAAUACACAAUGCAAACGUGCCUGCCACCAGAAGCAGUUUCCGCCUAGGGCUACGCAGGUCCCAGCUGCUCUGCUUACCUGCCUGUGAGCCUGCCCUUGAAGCUCACCUCCAUUCCAUCCUGGCUGCAGCACCCGGGAGUCCCUGGAGAUGCCCAAAGGCCUCCCAUCUGCCAUUCCCAGUGGGACCAAGGUUCCAACCGAAGCAGGCAGUGGAGGAGGCGGGGGUAACCAUGGGGUGGCGGCGGCCGGCCCUGGCCCUGAGGGUGGUCAGGGCCUCGCUGAUCCUGUUGGCGCUGCUGGUGCCCUCACAGGCGUUGGUGCGGGCUGUGCUAGAUGGCAACUCGAGCACAGUGGACUUUGAAGAUUUGCCAGCCAUGUUCGGGGUGCCCCUGGCCCCCGAGGGUGUGCGGGGCUACCUGAUGGAGGCCAAGCCGGCUAACGCAUGCCAUCCCAUCGAGGGCCCGCAGCCGGGGGGCAACGGCUCCCUGGGCGCCAUUGUGCUCAUCCGUCGCUAUGAUUGCACGUUUGAUCUGAAGGUGUUGCAUGCCCAGCAGGCUGGCUUCAAGGCCGCCAUUGUGCACAACGUCCUCUCAGAUGAUCUCGUGCGCAUGGCACAUGUCUAUGAGGACCUGCGGCGGCAGAUCUCCAUCCCUGCAGUGUUCGUGGGCGAGGCCACCUCAGAGGACUUGCGACUCAUCGUGUGUUGUGACAAGUCAGCCCACGUCCUCUUGUUGCCCAACUACCCGCCGUGCCCUGACCUGGACUGCCAUCCUGUGCUGGCCAUCUCCUGGGCUCUGGGCUGCGCCCUGGCUCUGCUCAUGUCUGCUUUUUUCAUCCUGCGAUACCUGUGGAACUGGCUGUGGUCCUGGUGGACCUGCGGGCCCGCAGUGGUUAAGAUGCCGGCCUGCCGGAAGGCUCAGGUCCGCACCUUCACACGGCUCAAUGACACGUGCGCCAUCUGCCUGGACGAGUAUGAAGAGGGAGAGCAGCUCAAGAUCCUGCCCUGCUCCCAUAUUUAUCACUGCAAGUGCAUUGACCCCUGGUUCUCCCAGGCUGCCCAGCGUUCCUGCCCCGUGUGCAAACAGUCAGUGUCCAGCACAGAAGACAGCUCUGAUUCCACCAUCGAGAGCAUCGACGAGGACCCCCCACCGCAGGGCUACCAGCCCCCUAUCUGGGCCAUCCAGGCCCGGCUGCGCUCCCGGAGGCUGGAGCUGCUGGCCCGAGCCAGCCCGCACCACCGCUGCAGUGCCACCUCUGUGGGGGUGGCUGAGGCCAUGGAGUCCUCCGAGAGUUCCCCAGGCUCACUCUGA